CUCCACGGAUGAACACCAAGAAUCAAUACAUUCCAGUGUAGAACGUAUAGGAAAACAAUUCAAUUUCACCACUGUUAUCUUCUUCGUGACUCUCUCCCGUUUUUUCACUCUCAAUUUCAAAUCGCUAACAAAUAUACAUAAAAGGUAAAGCUUUCAAUUUUCCAAGAGGAGCAAUUAUUAAAGAAGCUUUUGAAAGGGAGAGAGAAAUAGGGUUUUCGGUCUUCCAAAAUGAAGACGACGAAGGGUGGUAAGGUUAUGAACCCUACCGAUGCUUAUCGGAAGGAGAUUCGCAAGAAGGAAUUGAAAAGGAAUAAGAAAGAAAGAAAGAAGGUGAGGGAGGUGGGGAUCUUGAAGAAGGAUCCUGAUCAGCUGAAGAAGCAGAUUGAUAACUUGGAAAUGAUGAAGGCUGAUGGUGCCUUGGAUAAAGCAAGAAAGCACAAGAAGAGGCAACUUCAAGAUACACUUAAUCUUGUCAUGAAGAAGAGGAAGGAAUAUGAAGAAAAAAUGCGGGACAAGGGUGAGGCUCCUGUUAUGUUCAGUCAUUUGGGUCCUCCUCGAAGGAGAACAAGCGCAGAAGAGGAAGAGAGAGUCAAUCACCCAAAACCAGAGGACUCUGUUUAUUACCAUCCUACCUUAAAUCCUACUGGGGCUCCACCGCCAGGGAAACCUCCUAUGUUCAAAUCGUCUAUAGGACCUAGAAUUCCCUUGUUUGAUGCUUCGUCAAGCACUGCUGCAUCGUCCUCAGGAAUAGAGUCUGAGGAUGGUCUAUUAUCCGUACCUCCACCUCCCCCACCACCACCACUGCCUGAUGCUAGUUCAGCUGAUGAUGCUGUUUUACCGGCAUCUUUGCCACUGCCUCCACCACCUCCUAUGCCUCCAAAGCCUGCUGCUGGGGUGCCUGCAUCAUUACCUCUGCCUCCUUUGCCACCUCCACCUCCUGGUCCUCCGCCUAAAGAACAAGCUGUAAAUCGGCCUUUACCCCCUCCUCCUCCACCUCUACAACAGUCUCAGCCGCCUCCACCUGGCACCCAUGAAGGUGAAGAGAGAAAUCAGUCUGCAUUGCCAGAUAAUCUAUCUUCCAAGGAGCCUGGUCAGGUGCAGCUUCCUCCGCCUCCUCCCCCACCAAGUCGUAUGCCCCAAAAUUCUGGUGCCAUACAGUCUGAUGGUGCUGUGGUUUCUACUGACAACAAGAAUUCUUUGUCAAACCAGGAGAUCCAGAAAAUGGUUCCUGGGCCUCCUCCUCCUCCUCCAAGGCAACAACCUCCUGUUCCAGGACCCACAUUAAUCCCAACUUUACAGCCUGAUGUAUUGCCUCCUGGAAUAUCCCGGUUCCCACCACCCCCACCCCCACCUGAUAUGAGGCCUCCUCUACCCGUGGCCGGACUUCCUGGUCAGGCACCUCCUCCUGGAAUGAUGGUCCCCCUAAUCCCAAGGCCACCAUAUGGUCUUCCACCUGGGCCUCCUCCAAUGAUGAGACCGCCGCUUCCACCCGGCCCUCCUCCAAACUUUCAUGAAGAGGAUCAUAUGGCAAGUAGGCCACCUCCUCAGAAACCAUCAUAUGUCAAAUCCGCUGCUUCUACUGUUGUGAAACGACCAUUAGCUCAGCACACUCCAGAACUCACAUCAAUGGUUCCUGCGUCUGUGCGGGUGAGAAGGGAGACUGCAAUGACGAAAACAAAACCAAAACCGUCUGUGUCAACAUCAACAUCUAGGACAGUCUUUGCACCACCAGGGCCAACUAUUGUAAAACCAGACUCAGUGAGCUCGUCAUCUGCUCCCAAAGCACCGAGCAUUGAUGACUCAUACUCGGCUUUCUUAGAGGACAUGAAAGCACUUGGUGCCCUUGAUGGUUGAGAUCACUGUAAGUGGCAGAGUCACAAAACGGGGAGGAUGUGGACAGUAGUUUGUAUUCAAGGAAUUACUCAUUUGACAACUUUUUUAAUGAUAAAAGUAUUUAAUACCUUGAAAGCUCAUGUGAUUCUAAUUCAUAUCUUCUCUCUUUAAUUUAAAUUGGUUCAUCGUAAUUGUAGUUUUA